CGACACCCUACCAUGUCCUGGGUCGAGGAACGCGAUGGCAGUUUCCAGCGAGACUUCGGAGACAGCGAAUACGCGCUCUUUCCUACCUCACGUAUAGCGAUCGGGGACAUGUACCUGCAUCUCAUCGUCAACGCGCCCACGCGUUACUUUCGUCCCGAACGCGUGCGCAUCGCGUGGAGUCUGAUACGGCGGCGUCACCCGUUGUUGAUGUGCAGCGUCAUCGCUGACGAGAGCUUGCCAGAGUCGCCUAGAUUCCGAUUUGUCCCGCCGCAGACCACGGAGGAUGCCCUGGAGGAGGCGAUGCGCGCUAUCCGGCAUAGCGAGGAGACGAGAGAAGAACUCUUCAGCGCAUACAUGGACGGCCCGAGGAUUCUCUCUGAUGAACGACUCUCAUUCCUUGUGAUCUCAAGCCAGGGUCCCCAAGACGUCCAUUCCAGCGAAUAUGGGAUCUUCAUGUGUGCACCUCAUUUCCUGGGCGAUGGAACUGCACUGCACUUGACAACGCACGAACUCGUCUCUCUUCUGACAUCCGGAAAGGCCGACGCAGAACUGAUGGAGGAGCUCUCUGAGCCUCGGAACUGGAUGGACGCGUUACCUCCGAGUCUGGAAUCACGCCUGCGUCCGCCGGCUUCGGCCUUCGGCAAGGCUGCAUGCAAGAUCAACUAUUUCCAGAGCUUGAGCCGUGAAAUCGGAGGGCACAGACUCCCUCGUGUCCAACGAGCUCCGAAACGAACGUUGUUUCAAGAGCAUGAAUUCUCGAGUGACAAGACGGCAUCUAUUCUUGCAAGAUGCAAGGCAAAUGGAGUCACCGUCAAUCACGCUCUCGUUGCGUUAUGCAAUGUUGCAUGGGCACGGUGCACGUCACAAACUGCCGAACUUCCCAUCCUCUUUUACACCGCUGCCAAUCUCCGACCGUAUCUCGCUCCGCACACCUCUCAAUCAUGUUGGUUCCUUGCUCUGGCCUAUUUCACCAUGACAUUUCCUGCGUUCGUCCCAUCGCACGCCAAAGGAGUCUGGCUGCGCGCCAAAUCGGCAAAGAACCAGAUGCAAGCGGCGGUGCGCUCCCCGUUGCUCCCGACACGUGCUCUUCUCUCCGCCGCCGCUCGGUCCCGCCGAUCCUCCCCGUCCUCUAAUUUUAGCCCUCCACCGGAGAACGCCGCUCUGCCAGGCAGGCCCAAAGAUAGUGCGGCUCUGUUUGGGAUAUCUCUUCUCGGUGAUUUGGAUCGGCUGUACCUGCGCAAAUUAUACGGCCCCGGUGUCAGUCUCGUCUCCAUCAGCACUGCCAGUCGGCUGAAAGAGGGCGGAUUCCUGAUGCUGGGUCAUACUUUCUGCGGGAAGCUUGCUCUCCAGAUGUAUUGGGACCAAAUGGGUUUUGUCGAGGGGGAGAUUGAGCGGUUUUGGGCCCAGCUUGCGAUGGCGGUAGAUGAAUUUCUUACUUAGCGGUGUCUUGUGCGCAGAUUCCCUGGUGUUCGAUUUUGAAAGGACGUUUGUUAUCGGCUCUGAUAGAAUACUGCAUAAUCAAAUGUAAUUAUGGGUUCCAUGCAGCACUUAAGUAUGUCAAGGCGCGCAGGCAGAUGUCAGUGCAACGAUAUCCUCG